AUGUCGCUGAAGCCUGCAGCGCGUUCCUUGCUGGUCUUGCUGCUUCUGGCAGCAGCAGCAGCUUCUUUUGCUGCAGCAGCAGAAAAUUCUGCUGCUGCUUCCGUUGGAACUCAAGUUGACUUGAGAUCUGAUACUCUGCAGCAGCAGCAGCAGCAGCAGGCGCCGGUGCUUCUGUCGACGGAGCCUUCCGCCCCAGAAGCAGCAGAGACUGCAGCAGCAGCAGCAGCUGCUGCAGCAGCUGCUGCAGAAGCAGCAGCAGCAGCAGCAGAUGAGUCUGUCUUGCUGGAAAAGUCACAAGAGCAGCAGCAGGAAAAGGCGCGGCGCGCAGCAGGCGUCCGCGUCGCGCUGGGACUCGGAGCUUUUGCUGCUGCUGCUGCUGCGCUGCUGCUGCUGCUGCAGCUAAAUGGCAAACUUCCCGAAAUCCCGGAAGCGUUUGGGGCCAGCAAAGAGUGCGAAGGCGGAGUUUGCAAAAUGGCGGAGUGA